AUGCCAUUUGGUUACGCCACCUCUCCAGCACUUUCUUCAUUAAUCAGAGGUUGUCUUGCGCAAUGGAGAGCGCAUCGUAAUUUUACAUUUCACAACGCCAAUGCACCAACUCAAAGAGUUCCAUACUCAUCUAUCGAAAACGUGAUGUUAGGACGAGCGGUUAAAGCUAAGGCUACAGAGCCCCAGCCUCCAAAUUCGAAGAACGAUGCAAAGAAGCAAGCAAUUACACAAAAUAUUGCGACACGCAAUGGGAAUAUCGGAGAGUCAUUCAAGCCAAAGCCUUCACAGGCAAUUGGUGGAUAUGCCCAGCCCUUGAAGCCGGCGUCAGCGAAUGCGAAGAGGCUACUGCCAAAGGAAAGCCAAUCAACCGUCGGAUCAAGUCUUGCCAGCUCUCAUCUGGGCUCGUUGUUUAGUAGGGAUGGUGCAUUUCAAGAUACCCCGAAUAGUAGCUUCGAUGCUGUGCAAAUCAAUGAGGACGAUUGGAGCGAUGACGAUAAACUAGAUUUCGAUUACAGUUACAUCUUGCCUACACAACCUUUAUCUAUCAAUGCCUCCAUGGCAGCGCCCCCAAAGCCUACCCGUCCAACAAUACCAUCGUCCCCAUUCACCGAACGAUUAAAAGCACAACGAGCCCCAAGUAGUAGCGCGCAGACUUGGUCGUCCUCACCACCCUCACAUAAAGAGACGCCACCUGGAGCUAAGAAGCGGAGAGAGCGUGAGAAAUCAGCGGCACAAUCUGUCAUAGUUGUAGAUGAUGAUGAACUGCCGAAUCCGAAACGCCGAACAUUACCAUGGGUUCAGAAACUGUCAGAACAAGACGAAAUAUCACAUAGGCAAGAACAAGUUGAUGAAUUGAGCUCUCAAGCAGCUGGCGCAGUUUGUUUUAAGUGCAACGAAAAGGGCCACUACGCCAUUGCAUGUCCAACCAACGGCAAAGGAAAACCAAAUCCAUGGGCCUUUUCUCCUCUACCCCAGGAUAAGAAACAACCUUGGGAUACCAGCGCAAGGACAAUUGCAGAGGACAGGAAGUUGAUCAAGGAAAGGCGGAAGAGGAAAGCCGACAAGGCUGAAAAGGCAGUUGUCGAUGCUCAUGUCUCUACCAAGACUGCUAAAUUGGCCCCGAUUCAUUUGACUGACGAGCAAAGUCGGGUUAAGGACUUGGUCGUGGAUCAGGCGAAGAGUGUCUUCUUUACUGGUUCUGCGGGUACUGGAAAGUCUGUUCUGAUGAGAUCAAUAAUUGCAGCUCUGAAGAAGAAAUAUGUGCGUGAGGGUGACCGAGUUGCUGUCACGGCUUCAACAGGUCUAGCUGCAUGCAACAUCGGUGGCGUGACGCUGCACAGCUUCGGAGGUAUUGGACUUGGUAAAGAGGACGUACCUACUCUCAUAAAGAAGAUAAAGAAAAACAAUAAAGCUAAACUCCGGUGGACAAGGACCAAGGUUUUGGUCGUCGAUGAGAUCUCUAUGGUCGAUGGCGACUUGUUCGAUAAGUUAGAAGCAAUUGCGAGAGGAAUACGUAACAAUGGACGGCCAUUCGGCGGUAUACAACUUGUGAUCACUGGAGAUUUCUUCCAAUUGCCCCCUGUUCCAGAUUACAACCAAAAAAGUCGAGGUGUCAAAUUUGCAUUCGAUGCCACGACCUGGGGAACGGCAAUCCACCAUACAAUUGGUCUAACAGAAGUCUUUCGUCAGAAGGACCCUGUAUUCGCCAAUAUGUUAAACGAAAUGCGACUAGGGAAGGUGUCUCAAGACACUAUAAACGCCUUUGUCGGGAUGAAACGCGCCAUAAAUUACGAAGACGACUUAACUGCUACAGAACUAUUCCCAACCCGAAACGAGGUCGAAAACUCGAAUACGUUCAGACUGAGAAGUCUACACGGCAAGUCGUAUAAGUAUGAGGCUGUUGACUCUGGGACAAUCACUGACGAGGGAAUGAGAGAGAAACUUCUUGCAAAUAUGAUGGCUCCUAAAUCAGUCGAAUUAAAGAAGGGGGCGCAAGUCAUGUUGAUCAAGAACAUGGAUGAUGGUCUAGUAAACGGGUCGCUGGGUAAAGUUGUCGCUUUCAUGAGUGAAAAAUCAUUCGAGAUCUACGACUCGAACCCGGAAAUACUUAACGAAAAAGAGUUUUCCGACGCUGAGGAAGAAAACAACCGUCAGUCAGAUCUCGCAAAGUUUAAGCAGACCAAUAGGGAGUUGCCUAGCACUGGAAUUUCGAGUAGUGGCAGGCUAUUCCCAUUGGUUCGAUUUUCUAUCCCAGACGGAACCGUUAGAGAUCUUCUUGUUCAGCCAGAGGAGUGGAAGAUUGAGCUACCAAAUGGAGAGGUACAGGCACAGCGCAGCCAGUUACCUCUUAUUCUUGCCUGGGCACUCUCCAUUCACAAAGCACAAGGGCAAACACUUGAGCGUGUUAAGAUUGACCUGAAGAAAGUGUUCGAGAACGGCCAAGCUUAUGUUGCAUUAAGUCGAGCAACAAGCCAAGCUGGCUUGGAGGUUCAGAACUUCGAUCCUAGGAAAGUCAUGGCUCAUCCCAGAGUUGCUGAAUUUUAUAACAGCUUGUAUAGCAUCAACAAAGCUUUGGCGCACCCGAAAGUCGCGAAGGCAGAUCCACCAAAGAUACCUACGAACCCUAUCAAGCCUUUGAGGGACGAUUAUUUUUUUCCCGAUGAGGACGAGGAAGAGAUGUUACGCCACUUCGGCUGA